CCCGCGUUCCAACGGCGCCCCUCCCCUGCCGCGACCUCCCCGCUGGGCUCCCGACCCUCCCCCGCUGCGCCACCGCGCACACACAGCUCUCCUUCCUACACGCUCCAGCCCCUCGCCGACCACUCACCGCGGCCACAAGCACAAGCACAAGCAAAAGCACGCUGCUGCUCCCUGCUUUGGCGGCCACGACGAGGGACGAUGCGGUCGCCUCCCUCAUCGCCUCCCUCAUCGGCCACCUCGAGCACGACGUCGCCCACGCACGGCCAUCAAUACCGUGACGACGGAGACGUUCAUCAGGAAGAGGUGGAGGAAGACGAAGACGACCUGCGCCUCCUCGACGCUCGGCGCCGCGGCGCGUGGAAGCACCAAGCCGAGCUGCCCACGCGGUGGCGCGAGAUCCACGGGCGCGACGACUGGGCAGGUCUCCUUGACCCGAUGGACCCACUGCUCCGUUCCGAGCUCAUCCGCUACGGCGAGCUCGCUCAAGCCUGCUACGACGCCUUCGACUACGACCCGUCCUCUCGCUACUGCGGCAGCUGCAAGUACCCGCGACGCGACUUCUUUGAUCGCCUCGGCAUGCCGGAGGCAUCGCGUGGGUACGCCGUGUCACGGUACCUUUACGCGACGUCCAACAUCCGGUUCCCAAACUUCUUCCCGCAGUCCAGGGCGGGUGCCAAGAUCUGGAGCCAGAGCGGCAGCUGGAUCGAGUACGUGGCCGUCUCCACGGACGAGGAGAGUGCCCGGCUGGGUCGACGCGACAUCGCCAUCGCGUGGCGCGGCACGGUGACGCGGCUCGAGUGGGUGUCGGACCUCAUGGACUUCCUCCGUCCCGUGGCGGACGAAGGCAUCCCGUGCCCUGACCCGGACGUCAAGGUGCUGGCAGGCUUCGUCGACCUUUACACCGACAAGGACCCCACCUGCCGGUUCUGCAAGUACUCGGCGCGUGAGCAGGUGCUCAUGGAGGUCCGUCGCCUCGUCGCCCGGUACGCGGCGAUGGGCGAGGACGUGAGCAUCACCGUGACAGGGCACAGCCUCGGUAGCGCGCUGGCGAUGCUGAGUGCCUACGACAUCGCCGAGUCCGGCGCGAACGUGGCCGUUUGCGGGGACGGGGAGCAGAGGAGGAAGGCGCCCGUGUGCGUGUACUCGUUCGCGGGGCCACGGGUGGGGAACGCGGCGUUCAGGAGGCGGUUCGAGACGGAGCUCGGGGUGAAGGCGCUGCGGGUGGUGAACGUGCACGACAACGUGACGAGGAUGCCUGGGAUCCUGCUGAACGAGGGCGCGCCCGAGGCUGACCGGAACCAAUGCACAUUUAUGCGAUGCGUUUUCCUGACCCUGCACCAGAGCGCCCAGGGCUGUUUAGCGGAUUUAGAACCUUCGUCCUCUAACCACCUCGAUCCGGUAGGGUACCACGGGCGCGGGGAGCGGUUCGUGCUGGCGAGCGGGCGCGACCCGGCGCUGGUGAACAAGGCGUGCGACUUCCUCAAGGACCACCACGGCGUGCCCCCCUGCUGGCGCCAGGACGAGAACAAAGGCAUGGUCCGUGGCCGCGACGGGCGCUGGGUCCAGCCCGACCGCCAUGGCUGCUGGCACAUGGACGACCAUGAAGACCCCCACCCCCACCACAACCACCGUGACCACGACGACGACGGCCACCACCAUCGCGGCGGUCAUCGUUGCGAAGGCCACGGCGGCACCGGCCAUGAGCGGCACGGGCAUGACCUGCAGUCUCAUCGGCCAGGAAAUUAA